GGCCGGGCCGGGCCGGGACCACCUGCGCUGCACCUGCUGCUCUCGCCAUGGCCGCUGACAUCGAGCCCGGCCGCCGCCACCGCCGCUGCUGCGCGCAGGACACGCCCGAUGCUCCCAAGGUCGCGGAUUCCCGCGGUGACAGCGACGGCCCCCGCCGGGGCUCCCUCUGCGACCGGCACUGCGCUGCCAUCAACAACGUGCAGGGGGACCUGGGGGAGCUCGGCUGCCACCUGCACCAUCCCCGUGUCCCCCCAGCCACGUCCACCCCGUCCUGCUGCCAGCAGCACUCGGAGGAGGUGUGUGAGAGCUGCCUGGUGAAAACCACCCUGACGGCCGAGAACGCUGUGGAGGCCAACAAGCUCUCCAACAACUACAAGUUUGGCUUCAAGAAAUGGAAGAGCCACGUGACGGCGCGGCCCUGGGAGGACCGGUCCGAGAUUGUCAAGGAGCUCUACUCUGACCUCAACAUCGUCCGAGGCUCUGGAGGGUCCACGCUGACGUGUGGGAAUGUCCUUUACCUGCUGCUCUUUGGCUGGUGGCUCUCGCUCCUCUACGUCCUCGUGGCUGCUGUGAUGUUCAUCACCAUCAUGGGGGCUCCUUAUGGGAGGCUCUGCUGGGACCUGGCCGGGUAUUUCCUCUGGCCCUUUGGCAAAGUGAUCCAGAAAGUGGAGGUGCCCAAAUCCCAUCAGGCAUGUGAGGCCGGCGUGGGGGAGAGCUCAGCCCUGCUCGGGGGUCCCACAGCGCUCUGGUGGCGCCCGUGGUGCUGGCUGGGCACUGGAUACUGGCACCACGCCAGCACUGCGGUGUGGCUGUGCCUGGGAUACCCAGUGCUGGCUCUGGCCCACGGGCUCGUGUGUGUCACCGCCUGGCUCCUCAUCGUCCUCAUCCCCGUGGCCAAGCUGAGCGCCCGCGCCACCUCCCGCGUGCUGCUGCUGCCCCCGGAGCGCGUGCUCAUCCGGCCCCUGAGGAUGAGAGAGGUGCCUCUGGAGGGAGAGGUGAUUCUCUGCUGCUACCGCGCUGCCAACCCCUACUACUACAAAUACGCCGUGGAUGGCAUCAACGUCUUUGCCGUCAACCUGCUGCCCCUGGUGCUGGUGACGCUGGUGCUGGGCUACGUGGACAGCCCCAACCACCUGACGGGCUCUGCUGUCAAGUUCACGCUGGCCCUGCUCUCCAUCAUGCCCCUCUCCUACUACAUCGGCAUGGCCAUCGCCAGCAUCUCGGCCCAGAGCAAUUUCGCGGUGGGGGCGGUGGUGAACGCCACGUUCGGCUCCAUCACCGAGCUCACCUUCUACAUCACCGCCCUCAUCAAGGGCUCGCGCGAGGGCAACCGCUGCUACGCCGAGGUGGUCAAGUCAGCGCUGACGGGGACACUGGUGGGCUGUGUCCUCUUUGUGCCGGGUCUGUGCAUGGUGAUCGGGGGCAUCCGGCACCAGGAGCAGCGGUUCAACAGCCGCUCUGCGGGCGUCAGCUCGGCCCUGCUCUUCCUCUCCGUGGGAGGUGAGUUGGGGACAGGGCUGUCCCCAGGGCUGGGGGUCCCACCAGGGUGGGUGCCUGCUCCAUGUGCUGUCCCUGCAGGCGUCUUUGCCCCAACGCUCUUCUCCAAGGUGUACGGGAAGCUGGUCUGUGGCGAGUGCCACAACGUCACCCAGAACCCGCUGGGCCACUACCUCUGCCACAACUGUCACUUUGACCUGAUGGACAACAACGGCACCCUCUACUACAGCCACGUCCAACCCCUGGUGUACACGGUGUCCAUCCUGCUCCCUGCUGCCUACCUCAUCGGGCUCUUCUUCACCCUCAAAACCCACACGCACAUCUACGACAUCCACAUCAGCGACUGUCACAUGCCUGGCCACCACCACAGUGCCGUGGUGCACUGGUCCCGCUGGCGGGCCCUGGUCAUCCUCCUGCUCUCCACCCUCUGCAUGUCAGCCUGUGCUGACCUGGCCACGGAGCACAUCAGCCCCAUCCUCACCAACUCCACCAUCUCACAGUACUUCAUCGGUGUCACUGUGCUGGCAAUGGUGCCCGAGCUGCCAGAGAUUGUCAAUGGCAUCCAGUUUGCCCUGCAGAACAAUCUGAGCUUGAGCAUCGAGAUCGGGAACUGCAUUGCGGUGCAGGUCUGCAUGCUCCAGAUCCCCAUCCUGGUGCUCUUCACCAUCUUCUACCCGACCAACUUCACGCUCGUCUUCAGUGACCUCCAUGUCUACGCCAGCAUGUUCAGCGUGGUGCUCAUGAACUACAUCUUCAUGGAUGGCAAAUGUGACUAUUUCCAAGGCACGGUGCUGGUGAUGGUUUACUUCAUCCUGCUGGCCGUGUAUUUCUUCGCCCCGUCGCCCAGCGGCUGCUGAGGUUUGGAUUCUCCUGUCUCCAACCCCCUCGUUGGGAUCAGCACCCAUCAGGACCUUUUCCAUGUCUCAGGGACCUGGCCGGGCUGGCUCCGGUCUGCAAGCGCCGUUUCCCGAAGCUCCUGCUGCUGCUGGGCUCCCCCGUGGGCCUUCAGGGAUGGAAGGGUGGUGGCAAUGGGAUGGCUCCCAAAGUGAGGAGCCUCAAAGGCAGAGCACGUCACACGGGCAUCUCCAGCCCACACUCGAGUGGCUGGAAGGAAAACUGUCCUUAGAGGAGGGUCUGGAAGGGAUUUCUGUGUGUCUCGAGGACAGAGCCCUCCCUGGGAUGUGCUGCACUGGGAGGAGGUGCCUGACAAGCCCCUCACCCUCCCAGGCCUGGCAGGGGCCUGGGAAUCGCACACGGGAUGUUUGAUGGCACCAGAAAUGCACCCAAAGGUAUUUUCAGCUGUUUUGUCAUUAAAGCACUUUUGUACAAAUCAGAAA